AUGGUACGUACGUAUACUCUUUCAUCUGGCGACGAAGUCCUCCCAUACGUCGCCCCGGCUCCUACCGACAAGACUCCACACAACUUCUACCUCAUGCUGUAUGAACAGAUCAACACCACUGUGAACGUGACUGCAUUGAAUAUGACCAAGUAUGCCGGGAAUUGCUCCGCAGAGUUGGAGAACAGGUGUCUCUUCGAAGUAAAGCAGUUUGCAGCCGACAACAACGCGGCGCUGCAGGGUGUUACGUGGUUCCAGUCCCUCAACGACCCCUACACAAACUACAGGAAGAUCCAACUCGGAGAGUCUGAAGCCACCUACUGCGUGGGUGUGACCGGGUACAGCGAUCCGUGCCUGACAGACGGCGCUACUGUCUUGACAGGCUCGAUGGUCUUGAGCCUUGUUCUCGUUUUUAUCGUUGGAGUAUUUGUCUAGAGUUUCGAAAGUCCGUCCAGCACAACCGUGGCUCCACUAUCGUGCGUCUGGGCAUGAACCCAGCUUUAGCCAAAAAUGUAAUCAAACUUUUGAGAAGAUCCCUCGCCAAGCAAGGACUUGAUAUUAUUGUGUUUGCUUAUUGUUUUAUACCAAACACUGUGUACAAGCGUACCGGACUAUACACCCAAGGAGAAGAGUCCAUUGAUCGUAUUCUUUGUUAUGCAGGGUGUUUUAGUACCAUUCGGGCACGUUUUCAUAUCGGCUAUUCACCGGUAGCAUUAGAUAGUGCAUCUGUCCACCCUACAGACAAUGGAAGUUACUAUACCCGACUGUUCGUCUGUAUAGCAGGGUAUGCUUGUGACGUGCUUGUCCACAGUGA